CCCCCGUCUCUUAUCAUCAUUCCAUCACCUCUCCGGUGUACGCUUUAAACUCUCUCUCCCUCCUCAGUCUCCCUGGUGGUGCUCUUUGGUUCUUCAACCUCGAAACUCAAUUCCUCCGUCUCUUAACCAGUCAAAAAACUCAUCCAUCAUCAUGCCUCGCAUCGAAGACGCUGAAGGGGUUGACCCUACUGCUCCUGCCCCUACCCACCGCGAGUCUCGCGGUUCCCUCCCCAUUCCCGGUGAUCUCUCCGGCAACACCGUCGAGGUCCCCGCUACCCGCAGCUCCAUCAGUGAUGCUGCUCAGUUCAUGCACAACCUGAGCUUUGCUCCCUCUUCCCGGGACCGUCGUGCCUCUCGCAACUCCUUCGGCACCUCCCUGCCUAUCCCCAGAUCUCCCCGUGUCUCGCGGUUGUCCUCCGUUGUCACGAGAGAUGUCUCCCGCGAUAUCCUGGCCUCCCAGGUCCAGGACAUGUCCAAGGAGAAGGUCGCCGCCGCCAAGAACAUGGCCUUCGCCUUCGACAUUGACGGUGUUUUGGCUCACGGCAACCACGCCAUCCCCCAGGCCAAGGAGGCCCUCAAGAUGCUGAACGGCGACAACGAGCUGGGCAUCAAGAUUCCCUACAUCCUCCUGACCAACGGUGGUGGUAAGACCGAGGAGGCGCGCUGCGCGCAGCUCACCGAGGUCCUCGACUGCCCCAUCUCCACCGACCAGUUCAUCCAGUCCCACACCCCAAUGCAGGCAUUGGCUGAGUACUACGAGACUGUCCUGGUUCUCGGUGGUGAGGGUCAGAAGAUCCGUGAGGUCGCUGAGAACUACGGCUUCAAGAACGUCGUCCACCCCAAGGAUAUCCAGGCCUGGGACCCCACCGUCUCUCCCUGGAGCACCCUCUCCGAGGAGGAGAAGGCCGAGGCCAAGCCCCGCGACUUCUCCCAGGUCAAGUUCGACGCUAUCCUGGUCUUUGCCGACUCUCGCGACUACCAGACCGACAUGCAGCUCAUCAUGGAUCUCUUGCUGGCCGAGGAUGGAAAGCUCCUGACCCGCGCCAAGGAUCCUGUCGCUUCCCGCAUCCCCAUCUACUUCUCGCAGGGUGACUUGCUCAUGCCCACCGACCACAAGGGACCCCCCCGUCUCACCCAGGGUCUUUUCCGUAUCUCCAUCGAGGCCCAGUACAAGGCUCUCACUGGUGUCGACCUCGAGCGUGUUGUCUACGGUAAGCCCGAGCGCGCCACCUACACCUACGCCGAUGAGGUUCUCAAGUCGUGGAUGGAGGAGAUCCACAACGAGAACAAGCUGCCCGAGAACAUUUACAUGGUUGGUGACAACCCGGCCUCCGACAUCUGCGGUGGUAACAUGCACGGCUGGAACACCUGCUUGGUCCGCACCGGUGUCUUCCAGGGCGGUGACAACGACGACAACAACCCGGCCAACUUCGGUGUCUUCCCCAACGUGCUUGAGGCUGUCAAGGCCGCCGUCCGCAAGGAAUUGGGCCAGGAGUUCAAGUUCAAGUGGAACCCCAAGGUCAACCCUGUCCUCCACAGCGAGAACGCCUCCGCUGUUGAGUAAACGGGACGCCUACAACCAAUCAAAAAUAAGGAACCUGGCAUCUGGGCUGGGUUCUUUCUUUAUCUUCUCAUUCCCCAUUUUCUCAUACAUCAUGUUUGAUUGAUCAAGUACAUUGAUGUUAGACAUUUUUUCAUCUUUCCCCCACACCUACCACCAUAUUGUUACGGCUUUACGGGUUUGGACUACUGAUAUCCAUCGUUGUCGCUU